GGGCACACACAUACACAGAUCCUCUCACAUACACACUCACAGCUGUUGAUACUUCUCUAUCUGAUGAACGCUGGAGCAGCCAAGACGGGGAGACUGUAAGAAUCUGGGAGAAUCUGCUGUCUGCUGGCAGCUUCACCGAGGAGCAUUUAUAUGGAAAAUCUGCAGGGACGCGUGGACAGACGGGUUUUCUGAUCGCCGCCUGGCUCGCAGUUUCUCUUAUUCGUAUCCCGCUCUUUCUCUCUCGUCUCUCCCGGCUUCUUUCUGGGACUCACUGGUGGAAUUUGUGCACGGGCACCAAGUAGCAGUGAAAAACAGAGACAUGUGUUUUGCCUCAGCUGCCUACUACUACUCCCCAUUCUCUCCCAUUCACUGACCAAGUAGGAAAUAAACACAAGGUGACAGUCAGAGUGGCAGCCAUAGAGCAAGCAAGUGAGGUGAAACAGGCAUGAGUGCGGACAGCCAUCAGGGGGUGGUGACCACCCCUCCUCCGCCUGGUGGAGGUACUAAGGAGCGCUACUUCGACCGGGUCAACGUGAAUGAUCCGGAGUACAUCAGGGCCAGGAACAUGUCUCCCGACCUCCGACAGGACUUCAACGUUUUGGAGCAGAAGAAACGUGUCACACAGAUACUACAGAGCCCCGCUUUCAAGGAGGAAUUGGAGAGCCUGAUCCAAGAGCAGCAACGGAAGGGGAACAACCCCACUGGCCUGCUGGCCCUCAGACAGAUCGCAGACUUCUUUAUGGCCAGCACAGUUGCCGGUUUCAACACUUCCCCCCUCAGCCUUGGGAUGGUCACUCCCAUCAACGACUUGUAUGGAGUGGAAUCCACCACGAUGGUGAAAGGCGAGAAGCUGACACGUUGUAAACUGGCCAGCCUCUACAGACUGGUGGACCUGUUCAGCUGGGCACACUUCGCCAACUCCUACAUCACAGGCCGAGUCAGUAAAGAGCAAGACCACAUCCUCAUCAUCCCCAGAGGACUCUCAUUUGCUGAGGCAUCUGCUUCAAACCUGGUGAAAGUCAACAUCAUCGGGGAUGUGAUCGACCAGGGCUCCACCAACCUGAGGAUCGACCCUGCAGGUUUCAGCCCCCAUGCUGCCAUCUACUCCAUGCGUCCAGACAUCCGCUGCAUCAUACACGUGCACACUCCUGCCACAGCAGCUGUGUCAUCUAUGAAGUGUGGUAUCCUGCCCAUUUCCCAAGAGGCGCUGAUCUUAGGUGAUAUUGCCUACUACAACUACCAGGGCAGUCUGGAUGAGCAGGAUGAGCGCAUAGAGCUACAGAAGGCCCUGGGGCCAACAGCAAAGGUUUUGGUGCUGAGGAAUCACGGCGUGGUUGCUCUCGGGGAGACCAUCGAAGAGGCCUUUCACUACAUCUACAAUGCUCAGUAUGCCUGUGAAAUCCAGGUUAAUGCCAUUUCUUGUGCUGGAGGUGUGGACAACCUUAUAGUGCUGGACCAGGAGAAGUACAAAUCACGAGUGUUCGGCGUCGCCUCGGCGGCUGCUGUCAACAUGGCUGGGCAAUACAAGUGGAAAAUCGGUGAGCUGGAGUUUGAGUCUCUGAUGAGGAUGCUGGAUAAUCUGGGCUACAGGACAGGCUAUGCAUACCGGCACCCCAUCAUCCGGGAGAAGCCGAGGCACAAGAGCGACGUCGAGAUCCCCGCCACGGUUACAGCGUUCAUGUUCGAGGAGGACGCGGAUAGUGGUGCAACACGGCUGCCCUUCAAGUUUCUCCAGCAGCGGCAGCAGAGGGAGAAAACACGCUGGCUCAAUUCACCCAACAGCUACACCAAGGUCAGCGUAGAAGGUGGAGAGGAGCGCUACAACAGCCGGACAACCACGUGGAUGAAGGCAGAUGACCCAGGAACCCCAAUUCGUAUCGAGGAUCCCAAUCAGUUUGUCCCUCUCAACACAGAUCCCACUGAAGUGCUGGCGAAGAGGAACAAAAUCAGAGAGCAGAACCGGCUUGAUGUGAUGUCAUCAGGGCCGCGGUCUCAGCACCUUGCAGGCAUCCCUGUCGAUGAACCGCGAAAGGAUCUGGUGCAGAUAAACGUUCUGGUAAAUACCAACCCAUACGUGCCCACAGAGGAAGAGCAGAUGGCUCCCCUGCCUCCCAACCCUUUCAGUGAGUUGUCAGAGAAGGAGCUGGAAGAGUAUCGCAAGAACGUGGAGAGAAGGCAACUGGGCCUCAGCGAUGGCGAGCACGAGCUAACCUCUGACGAUGGCUCCACUCUCUCUCAGUCUCUGUCUGUCACCCAGUCCCCGCAAAGCACUUCAGCUAAAGAAGAGAACCACACAGGACUGAUGAACGGUAAAAACGACCACGGGGACGUGGACGAGGAGCUGUCAAAGCGCGUGAGCCAGCUGACCACCAGCGUUGAGAGCGUGGAGAUCACCGUGCGCUCCGGGGAGAAAAUCGAAGAGGCCCUGUCUCCCGAGAGCUCGCCCUCCAAGUCGCCCAACACCAAGAAGAAGAAGAAGUUCCGCACCCCAUCCUUCCUGAAGAAAAACAAAAAGAAAGAGAAGACGGAGGCCUGAGAGCGAGCAGGCAGCAGGGGGCGAGGCAGACGGGGAGAUCAUCUGCAUAGAAGAAUGAGGGGCAAGCAAACCCCCGUUUUCUGUUUAAUGUCUGUUUUUAUUUUGUUUUAAAUGUCCUUUUAUGUUUUUAAUUUUAUUUGUUUUUUUAACAAAAGGUUUUAUGUGCAAAAGGCAGAGGAAACGAAUUAACAAAAAUCUGUUUGUAAUAAAAAAGAGAAGUUUUCUCCUUCUGCAAAAAGACAAAGCUUAGGGGUUUGGGGCGGGCAAGUGAGGCCACAAAUUAAAACUGCAACAGAUGUGGGGUGGCUAGGGCGGGUAGUGGGGUGUCUGCACACCUGACCUCCUGUGCAGGACUUUAACAGGGCUCCUUGGAAGUGUCAUUCAAGGCUGUUUAGAUCCUGAGUUUUUGGCUACUCCUGUGAUUAUUCCCGGGUUGAAAAAUGGAACUUGAAACCACGUUGUUUUUUUUCUUGAUUCAAAUAAUUGGAAUGCAGCCUGAGUGUUGUAAAACUGCACACGUUCAAAAGAAUCACUUUUUUCCUCCCCUUCUAAGACCUUCCAGCCCUUUUACCUUCUUCUUUUUCUCUUUUCCUUCUUUUUUACAUCCCGGUCACCUGACUCUGCAUACGGAACAGAGAGACCACAUAAAAUUUCAAGUCACAGUGGAAAACUGGUCUCAGAGGGAAAAAGAAAACAGCCACAGGGUUUGUGUUGAUUUAUUUACUGUGAGAGAGGAUCUCUCACGCUCUUCAAGCUACUGUAGGCACAGGCUUCUGAAAAAAACCUUCUUUUCAGCUUGUUGUGGUUGAACUACAGAUGAGUUUUAAGAGUAGAGACAGUGAGGCUGACAGUCUAUCACAACUGUUAUCUGAGAGAGAAUAUUUAUGUAGCAUUUUUUUUUCAUCUUGUCCUUUUCAUCUCAGUGUUUGUUGGUUUUUUGCCAAAUUAAUGGGAGAAUGGGAGGAAAAAACAAUCUCAUCUUAAGCAAGCAUCUCUAUUUCUAGUUUGUCAUCUCAUUUUUACUGAACACAAGUUUGGUAUUAGUUGACUGUUUUGUACUCAUUUCUAAGCUUUUACAGAGAAUACAGAUGUUAUGCAUGAUUUCUCUUUUUUUCCUGUUAUUUUUUGCAGCAACUGAAUUUAUUUGGCUGUCUUCUGUAGUGAUGCCUGAUUUUUUUUUUUUUUUUUUUUUUUUUUUUCAAAUUAUAUUCUAACCUUCAGAGUACACAAAGUUACUAUAUAACACAGAUAUAUGAAAACUGGAUAUGUUGGCUAUAGAUUUUUUUUUAUUUCAUGGUGCAGCACUUUUUUGUGGUGUAUAUAACACAUUUUAGUUGCAAGUGGUUUCACCAGUGAGGAGGAUCGUGAAGUAAUUUGGUAAAAGUCGUGCAAGUAGACAGCGAGGCAUGGUGUCGGGGAGUGGUCAGGGCCCAGAAAGUGAGUUGAAUGAAGACGGACAGAAUAAUCUUUCAUUGGUGUCACACGUGAGAAAAUAUUACUGCGCUCAAGCAGCGUUUCUGCAGAAACGCAGUCCCCAGCUGCGAUGGGAAUCGUGGGUCAUGGAGAGUAGAGCGGUGACGUCUUUUUGUUUGGUGCGUUUGUGCGUGCGUGUGUGUAUUUUAAGCCAUAUUGUAAUUUUUUUUCUCCAUUAUUUUAAUAAGACAAGGGUUGUGAUUCUUAUCUGCCUGCUCAGGCGUCAUAGACCCUAACAAGAACUCUGUUAAAUCACCCCAGUGACUGCAUCGACACCCCUCAGGCGCCCCAAAACUUUAUUAUUUUAUUUUAUUUUAUUUUAUUUUUUUUUGCAGUGGCUACACCCACAGUAGCUACGCCUCCUUGCUUAAUUUGCUGUUUUAUUUCCUCCAAGAACUGGAACAUCAUAAGGAGGUCAUAGGACAUUUUUAUAUUAUUCUUUUAUGAUUCUUUUCCGAGCCCGGUCAUUAUUUCAGCUUCUAAAGCCUACCCUCUUGUAAUUUCUCUUCUAAACACGAUCCUGUUGUAACUGGCGGAUGACCCACAGUUGAACUCAGCAAAGCCAAAGUGUGAUGGGUUGCCGCAUAUCCUCCCCCCUGCAGUUUAGCCAGAUGUACCAAUAUCCCAGCUAGCAAUGUGAAGUAUUGGAUUUGGAGGGAGUGUGGGAGGGUUUAGGGGCACAUCUUUAGCCGUGUUAAACGAUAGCUUUUGGCUCCGGGCGAAGAACUGAGGUCACACAGCUGAAAGAUGGAGAAAGAGAGGUGCGAGUUUGGAAAUGGAAGUGCUUAUCUGUGUGUAGUAGACAGGAGCAGGGGAAAAGGACAGCCUGAUACUAACACACCAUGUUUUCACCACUCAGAUGGGUUUUUUUUUGUUUUUGUUUUCUUUGAUACAUCGCUCCUCCAGGAAAUCUUUUUUUCAUCCUCCAUUUGUAUCGCAGUACGCUUUUUUUUUCUUUUAGUUUGCAGAACGCAUUAGGUGGUGUUUUUUUUUAUUAACCCUUUUUUUUUUUUUUUUUUUUUAGCAAAAUUGCUUCCAGAUGAACUGGAUUUGCAUCGCAUCCUUUUUAUUUUCUCAUCUGUUUUUGACUGUUUGCACCUUGCUUUACUAAUGUCUCCACCUCUUUUUUUUUUUUUCUGUUCAAAACAAACAAAAAAAGCAAACAAACAAAAAGAACGAGUUUUGCUUUGGCAUGCCAGAAUGAGCCAAGCUACUUUGUGACCUGUGAAAAUCCUAUAUAAAUGGUUAUCUAAUGGAGUUGCUUUUAGAUGUAUUGCUAAUCUGUGUAAAUUCACAAAUAAAACUGUAUUUUAAGAA